AUGGAGUUAGUGCAGUCUCUCUCCAUGUUGGCACUGCAUGAUCUCAAAGCGCUCAAGCUUGCUCGCGCCUGGAAUACUAUAGGCACUGCAGCGAGGUUGGAAGCGGCUCGGAGUUGUCGUGGGCCUGUGAAGGCUCAAGGCCAAGAAAUGAGCGAAAGCAGUUCAAGAUGCUACUGGAGUGUUCACAUUCUGGAGAGUUACUUCUCUCCACAGUAUAUGCUGCUCAACCAACACCCAUUUACUCCGAAGUAUCCCAGAAGUGCCGAAUGUCCACCUCCGCUACGGACUUGUUACGAGAGCGAGAACACUGACAUCGCCCAGACACCAGAUGUGUCAGACGACGGUGUCAAUUCAUCAUUAUUGAAGAUCGUCUCCGUGUGGGGAGGCGUAGUCUCUUACACGCAGGGGAUACGAUGGAAGAAACUUGAAUACCCCUGGGAGCCCAUGUCUAGGUAUAACCAACUCACUCAAAGUGUAUAUGAGUUUGAGGAUGGAACCGCCGUUAAACACCUUUUCAGAAAUACUUCACUCUCAGAACGGUCACCAUCGGAGAUCGCCGAGAACUUGGAUUACUGGCGGCCCUGGAUCCUGAUGCAAAUGACUCACCAUGCGGCUUCAGCGGUCCUCAACCAUCCAUUCAUCCACAUGGUAGCUCUGCGGGUUGCCGAUCGUCGUGCUCCCCCACGAUUAUUUCUGCAAAGCGUGAUUGACCAAGCCCUCUAUCACUCGAAGUGGGUUGUGCGCUUCAUACAAAUUUGCAACGAUGUCGGGUUAGACAUUCGCGACCCUCUGAUUGCGCAACUGGUCGCAGCUACGGCGACUGUUCUGUGGCUCUUUAAGUUUGCUGGAGACACUAAUGCAUCUGCAAGAGCCGGGGAAGGCUUCGAAACUUGUGAGACGUAUCUCCGGGAUGCUUCAGCGACAUGGCCGCAUAUCACUGGCAAGAGUCGUCAAGGGGGCGUAGCAGAAGGGGUGACGACGACAUUCAGACCCUCAACGUUCUGGAAACUGCUUGAUCCUCUGAUCCUUGAGAACAUUGCUGAUGAUCAGAGCGGCCACGACUCUAACUCCAGAGCAAGCCCGAUGGGAGAUGCAACUCUGCGAAUUACAACCCAUAUCCUCCACCCGGUAGAUGAACAUACGAGCACGCCGACAUCUGCAACCACAAACAGACCAGCUCUUACUUCCACGGAUGAAGACGAGGAACGGCUAUGUUUCAAUGAUUUAUUAUCCCUCUACGCAUCUUCAACCGAUCUAUCGUGGCUGCAACCUGACAAUGGCUUUUCUGCGCCUCUGGCCUAG